AUGAGGCUGUGUCUCUGGCCGGCCCUUUCGGCGCUGUGUCUAGUCCUCGUCGAUGCUUCGUCCCUGACGCCGCCUGUACUGCCAUUGAUCGUACGAAAUCCCUACUUGAGUAUAUGGCUUGCCCAUGCCCGAGAUGCCCCGUGGGAAAACUGGCCGAUAUUCUGGACUGGCAGCACCGUCGGCUUUGCUGUCAUAGCCUCGGUGCCCGAGACUAAGACAGUAUACCCCCUGCUAGGUCGCUCGCAAGAUUUCCUUAGGAAGUCUCCUAGUUAUGAAGUGUCCUUUCCUAAAUACGACGGUGCUACGUUCGAUGCCUCAACUACGAACCUCACCUAUUCUAUCCCAGGGUCCGACGUGAGGAUUACUCUCUCGUUCUUGUCUCCUAUCACGCCUACAUCGACAUUUAGACAGUCCCUACCGGCGUCAUACCUCACUUGCAUCGUGGAAGGUUCGACAGAUGUAAGCCUAUACGUGGACAUAAAUGGAGAAUGGGCUAGCGGCAACCGAGACAAUAAGAUAGAGUGGGGGCUUGUCCGGACUGAAAAGAGUGACAGUGCAAAGACUCCCAUCAAGACUUGGAGUAUCACACGGCGCCACGAGCAGCUCCUAACCGAGUUUUACGAUCACGCUGAAUGGGGAACCAUUCAUGUUUCUGCUCCGGCCGACGUUGAGCACCAGUCCGGUGAAUCGAACUAUAUACGACGUCAUUUUGCCCAGCACGGGUCAUUGAAGAAUGAAGUCGACGAUUCUUACCGUGGAAUAUUUGAGGAGGAACCUAUCUUUGCCUUCUCUAAGACUUUCAAGCUUAAGAAGAGGUCCAACGAGUCGUCUGGUAUCGCCCAGGACAGCGUUACCUUUACCUUUGCUCUCACUCAAAAUCCUGUCGUUCAGUUUGCCUCAGCCAGAGGCUUGACCCAGAUGCGUCCCCUAUGGGAUUUUUAUUUCUCUGGUACUCAUGAAAUGCUGCAGUUCCACUAUGACGAUUAUGAAACUGCAGCUUAUCUUGCUAGCAACUAUUCCGAGCAACUCGCUAAAGACGCGUAUGCUUCGGGCUCACAAGACUACCAAGACAUCGCGGCGUUGUCGGCUCGCCAAGUACUAGGAGCGACACAAUUUUCUGGUACACCGGAUAAUCCUAUUAUAUUCCUCAAGGAAAUCUCAUCGAACGGAAACUUCCAGACAGUCGACGUUAUCUUCCCAGCAUUCCCUUUUUUCUUAUAUACCAACCCCCAGUGGCUAGCAUAUCUACUAGAACCUCUUCUCGAACACCAGUUGAGCAAUCAAUAUCCCAACGAUUACAGCAUGCAUGAUCUUGGAUUCCAUUUUCCCAACGCGACAGGGCAUGGUGACGGUAAUGACGAAUAUAUGCCCGUCGAAGAAUGCGGCGAUAUGCUAAUCAUGGGUCUUGCACUUGUCAAUGCUUUCAGAGAUGAUUCGCAAGCCCAGUUCGUCCGUACUGUACCAGAGGAAGCUUUAACACUCAACUUGGAGUCUGUGAAGAGAUCAUUUCUAGUCAAUGAAUAUGGAAUGGAUCGCACAUGGGAAGACCUAGGCACUACGGGUGAAAAAGUGGCUGUAAGAUGGAUACGACGCUCAUACAAGCUAUGGAAGCAAUGGACAGGAUAUCUUGUCCGAGAGUCGCUCAUCCCGGCGAAUCAACUUUGCACUGAUGAUUUUGCUGGUUGGCUGGCCAAUCAGACGAACCUAGCGUUGAAGGGUAUCAUUGGCAUUAAGGCCAUGAGCGAGAUUGCUAACGUUAUCGGCGAGAAGGCCGACUCCCAAUGGUACAGCAACGUAGCUGACGAAUAUAUCGACAAGUGGCAGGACUUAGGUCUAUCUAGAGAUAAGACACAUGCGAAGUUAGCGUACACCUGGUAUGGAUCGUGGACGACGAUCUAUAACCUCUUCGCUGAUGCUCUGCUUUGCUUCCAUUUGCCUGCGGAUGCAUCCUCUCCGAUAGGAGCGAGUAGAUUCUGGGGCUCAGAACAGCAACCUAUAGGGGAUGAGGCUAUCACCAAACCUAAAUCAACAUUCAUUCCAGAUAAAAUCUACCAGAUCCAGAGUGAUUGGUACCAUGCUGUACUCCAGAGAUACGGCUUGCCGUUAGAUAGCCGUCAUUUAUACACGAAGAGCGACUGGGAAUUCUUUGCGGCUGCUGUGACGAGUAAGAAGGUACGCACGGAGAUUCUACAACACGUUGCGACGUGGGUCAAUGAGACUGCAACAGAUCGACCACUGACGGACCUUUACGAGACGGAGGGUGAUGGCGGAUUUCCUGGGCCUGACUUUAUGGCUCGCCCGGUAGUAGGAGGUCACUUUGCAUUCCUCGCGUUAGAGAGAGCUUGUGGUGGCAGAGCAUCGGAAGGUCUAAAGUUCCUAGACGAAGUGGCUCCCGCAGAUAUUGAUGUGGAACAAGCCUUGAGAAGGGAAAUCGCUAUAAACCAGCCUGAUAUGGAGGAGUUGUAG